UCCAAUACAAAUAGAUUUAGGAAUCGAACUAUCUAAGCCGAUCGAAAAAGACAUUAGCAAGGAACAACAGAGCAUGGCUGAAGAAUUAGGUGAACCCAUCAAAUACGGAGACGUGUUUGAAGAGUCAGGUGAAGUAGGUAGAAAGCUUAUAGCUCAAAAAGAUGCAGCAGCCAUGCAAGCAGCCGAAAGCAUGGCAAUCGGCAAUGUUAAAAAAGGUGGCCCUGCUGCACUCGCCCAAUCCGCUGCUGAUAUAAACGAGAGGCGAGGCCUUCUACCUCAUGAUGCAGUAACCAAUGUCACCAGCCAUGAUGGCGUUGCUAUAUCUAAGGAGGAAGUCAAUGGUCAACAGGUUUUCACCGAGGCUAUCGGUGGACAGGUUAUGGGACAAUACGUGCAACCACCGGGUACAAAGCUGAAAUCUCCAUCGGACGAUGUCCCCGCUGAGGCAAUGACAAUAGGACAAGCCCUUGAGGCAGCAGCCGGAACAGCAGGGGACAAACUUGUGGACCAGAGCGACGCUGCAGCCAUCGAGGCUGCAGAGAUUAGAGCAACUGGCCGUGGCCAAAUUAUUGCUGGAGGGAUAGCAGCUGCUGCUCAAUCGGCAGCUGCACAUAAAACAAGGUGUUUUCAAGUCUAGGCACAGAGCUUGGAGAGCAGAGAAGCAAAGUUGUGCAUCACACAAUAGUUUUGAUUUGAAUCUUGUAGUUAAUCUUAGAAAUUUAUUUUACACUCUUUCCGUUUCAAUUUAUGUGAAUCUAUUUUCUUA